CUUACCCUUCUUCUUCUGCAAGUCUGCCGUAGAGUCCUCUCGUUUCUUCUCCCACCAUCAUUUUUUAGAAGAAAAAAAAAAAAUGCGUCUCUUCUCUACUGCGAGAGACUGAGGGAGAGACUAGAGAGGGUGGGUACGGUGGUGUUUCCGCACAGUGAUCUAAGCUCACAGCAAUGGCUCCCCGCGGAAGACCCAGAAAAAGGUCUACGAGAAUGGACGCAGCGCUUGAUGCAAUGCGGAAUCUAGGUUUUGACGAGGGAGUUGUUACACGAACAGUGAAGGAGCUUCUCGAUAUAUAUGGAGAUGAUGGUUGGCCAUUCAUUGAAGAGUAUGGGUACAAGGAGCUCAUUGAUGCAAUUCUUCGUGGUUCGGAGACAUCAAAAGAUGAAAACAUGGUGGAGAAUGAUUCUACACAAAUUGAAGUAGCUAACGUAAGGCCUGAAGACGUAGCUGGAUCAUCUAACACUGCUUCAGGACAAAUAUGCUCUGAAGUUGGUGAUUUUGCACCAGAGGCUGAGAACACUAUUGUGAAAUCACCUUCUUCGAGUACUUGCAAUACUGUGAAGAACACAGACAACAGAGGUAAUCAAAUUAGAGGUACUCCCCUUGCCAUUGAAGAUAUAAGUGGUCGGAAAGAAGUAACAGAUUACCAGAGUAACCAGAUAACCUCGACUCAGAAAGUGAGAUGUAAUGAUAUCUGCGUUUCAAGUGGGAAUCCUGAGGCUGAAAUGAACUCUCAGAGCGCCUGUGCAGUUUUGGCCCCAGUUGUGGCUUCUCCCAAGACACCCUUGAUUCUGAAGGACAAAUCCCAUGAUGGUCGCAAAAUGAAUUCACAGAGUGCCUCUGCGGUUCACUUUUCACCUCCGACUUCAUCCCAGACACCAGUUGAUCCACAGCUGGUUACUCCUCAAUCAUCUCGUAGGCGUUUACCUUGUUAUGGCUGGAUUGAUAGUGACGAUGAAGAAGAGCCGGUUGAUUUGAUACACUUGACACCAGUGGAUCCUGCCAAACGACCAACACAAUUUGCUAGGAACCUAACCAGGUGAAGCACCGGUCAGAGUAGGAUGUAAAGCCCGGAAAUCUCGUCCCUAGACUUGUCUCUUUGUUCCUAUGAAAACUAACUAGUAACUACAGCUCCAGACACAUAUCAAUGUAUCUAAUCUAGUCUACCAUGAUAUGAUAUUAUAGUUGGAAGACUUACAAUGUUGUCUACUUGUGUUGUUAACACAUAUUAAUAUAUUUCACUUCUCAUGUUCUUACAUUUUAUGAGAGCUAUUGCUUUGCCUCGGAGACUGGUGAAAGAAGUAAAUUACA